AUGCACCGUAUUCGUUCGUGGGCGAAAGCUCACGCUUCUACCUCCUCCGCCUCCCAACCCCAGCCCUCCUCCCCAGAAUCCACCGAACGUCCCGAUGAUCCCGAUAUACGAAACCAAAAUGAUCAAGUGAAUAAACCAACCGGUGACCUGGCUUCGGGUUCACCCACCGAUGAUACCUCCGAAAAGAAGGGCUUAGUCCCUCGUGCGAAGGACGGCAGCAUCCGCUUCUUUCGCCACACCAGGACGGCAAUAUGCCAUAGCUGGGUCAAUGUCCUGCUGGUUUUUGUACCGGUCGGAAUUGCCGUUGAGGCAGUUGGACUCAGCCCGUCGAUCAUCUUCGCUAUGAACGCCGUCGCUAUUAUACCGUUGGCUGGACUGUUGAGCCAUGCUACCGAGAGUGUAGCCAGUCGCUUGGGUGAUGCCCUUGCAGCUCUCCUCAACGUCUCCUUCGGUAACGCGGUCGAACUGAUCAUUUUCAUUAUUGCUCUGGUCAAGAAUGAAAUUCGCAUCGUUCAGGCAUCCCUGAUCGGUUCGAUUCUAGCGAAUCUUCUGUUGAUUCUUGGAAUGGCCUUCCUUCUUGGAGGUCUCCGUUUCCAGGAACAAAUCUACAACAGCACCGUCACUCAGAUGAGUGCUUGUCUUCUCAGUCUGGCCGUCACGAGCCUUCUUCUGCCGACUGCUUUCCACGCAUCGUUCAAGGACUCGGAUGUCGCCGACAACAAAACGCUCAAGGUCUCUCGGGGAACCAGCGUCGUUCUGCUUCUGGUUUACGUUCUCUACAUCAUUUUCCAGUUGAAGUCGCACGCCUACCUUUACGCCAGUAUCCCUCAGCAGAUUAUCGAUGAGGAAUCUCACCCCGGUGUGCUAGCUGAUUUCAUGGACUCGUCAUCCGACUCAUCGAGUAGCUCGUCAUCAGACGAGUCGGACGAUACGACGACCUCCUGGACUACAGCGAAGCGGAUAAAGCGUGCCAUGAAAUACAGAAGGCAUCGAAAGGCAAGCGUCAGCUCGCGGGGUACAACCUCGCCUGAACUAGUGCAAAAGCCCUCCGCUGUCGAUGUCUCGUCUUUGCCACCGCGCAAUUUGAGUGCCACCAGUGCUUCCAGCCCUGACCAGCGCGAAGACACUGCGUCAUAUAUUGCGGACGUGGAGAAGGACAGACAAACGACCGAACCGCGGUCUCGUGACUUUGGCGACGACGGUCUCCUGAGCGUGGACGCCAUCACAAUCGCCAGCCGAUCAGACGGUCCCCAGUCUCGGGACUUUGGUCAAGUGCCAAGUAUUCAAUUCAGCGAGACUGACCAUCGACGAUCAAGACGUGAACGGAAGAAGAAGAAGAAGGCUGCCAAAGACGAGGCCAAACAGCCCAUCGUUCCAGAACCGCCUCAGCCUGCAACGAACCCUCGCGUGUCUGCGCUGUCCGUUCAACCAGGCGAGACCGCAGACCUUCCCCGAAAGUGGUCUCCGUUCCGCCCGAACCUCCCAUCUCUGCUGUCAAACACCGUGUUUGCCACACCGUCACCAACCGCUUCAAACGAUCCAUUUGGCAACUUCAACGGCUUGCGGCGUACACACUCCCUGCCAUCCAUGAGCCAGCAUCCUGCUCCCCAGCGUGCACAACGGCCUCACGCAGUCGGCAAUGCUGUUGGUUUCGCCAGAGUAGCUGCGCGUAUGCCACCCGCAGUGAACCCCUCGGCUGAACCGCAGCCGAAGGAGCAGGAAGAGGCCAAUAUGUCCCGUACCGCCGCGGUGGUUCUGUUACUAGUCUCUACCGGUCUCGUCGCAGUGUGCGCCGAAUUUCUUGUCGAUGCUAUCCCGGCCAUGGUCGGCAAUGGCUCCGGUGUCAGCGAGGCCUUCAUUGGUCUCAUUAUCUUGCCCAUUGUCGGUAACGCCGCGGAACACGUAACUGCCGUGACCGUCGCUACCAAGAACAAAAUGGACCUCUCGAUUGGUGUCUCCGUCGGGAGCAGUAUUCAAAUCGCAAUCUUUGUCACGCCCUUGGUAGUCAUACUCGGCUGGAUCAUGGACAAGGACAUGAGUUUGUACUUUACGCUCUUUGAGACGAUCGCCCUCUUCGUCACCUGCUUCGUCGUCAACUUUCUUGUUCUCGAUGGCCGCAGCAAUUACCUUGAAGGCGCGCUGCUUUGUGCGGCGUAUGUCAUUAUCGCUGUUGCCGCCUUCUUUUACCCCGAUAGCGGCCAGUCAAGCGACCUGGGGUCCGCUGGCUAG